UGAGGACGUGUUUGGAUGCCAAAGUUGCUCCGCCAUGCAUCCUCGCAACAAGCACCGAAACUACCUGGACUACCGGGAUUUGGCAAAGAAGCAGAAAGGCCUGAAACGCUUUGUCUUUGAGAACCAGUGGGGUGGUGCAUCCAUUGACUACUCCAACCAGGAGGCGUUAGAAGAGCUGACACGCAGCCUCCUCGCAGAGUUCUACAACAUACAGGGCUGGCGUAUUCCAGCAGGAUAUCUUUGCCCGCCGGUGCCCCAAAGGGUGGACUACAUCCACAUCAUGGCGGACUUGCUGCAGCAAUCUCUUGGGAGUAAGGAGGUUCCCAGGGGCGAGUCCGUGUGCGGCCUGGACCUCGGCACAGGGGCCAGCUGCAUCUACAGCCUCCUGGGCGCCGCGGAAUACGGCUGGAGCUUCCUGGCCAGCGACGUGGACCAGGCGGCCCUGGAAAACGCUGAGGAGAUUGUGGCGCGGAACGAGCUGCAGCACCAGGUGACGCUGCGGUGCCAGAAGGAUCCAAAACGGAUCCUGCGCGGGGCGCUGCGGAAGGACGAGGUGGUGGCCUUCAGCCUGUGCAACCCGCCCUUCCACGAGACUUUGGAGCACGCGCGGAGGGCGGCCAGUGACAAGUGGCAGCGCCUGGGCAACCAAAAGCUCCAGCAGGCGGCGCUGAAGAACUACCAGGGCCGCGAGGCGGAGCUCUGCUGUGAGGGAGGAGAGGUGGGCUUUGUGACGCGCCUGCUGGAGGAGAGCGCCCAGCCGCGCUUCCGCGAGUCCUGCGUUUGGUUCUCCAGCUUACUGUCUCGGAGCUCCUCACUGGAGCCCAUCCACGCGCGGCUCGGGGAACUCAAGGCGAAGCGCCGGCGCUUCGAGCUGCGCCAGGGCCGCAACGUCAAGUGGGUGGUGGCGUGGAGCUUCAUGGGCAAGAGCCAGCGUGCAGAGGCGCUCAGAAAGCAACUCGCGCCGCAGCCUUCAACCGGCAAGCGGAAAACGGGUCUUGCGGCUUGCGGCUGCGCCUUGGAGUGGAGGGAAGUCUGGGUUUCGGAUGGGCAUCAAGGCACACCCACAGAAGGUCAAAUUGUUAAGUAUUGA